ACAAACACGGAAGAAAAACGGUAUAAAAGUCUUCCUUUCGAAGCUUCACACUCUAGUCCUCUCUCUCUGUGUGGCUUUGGUUUCCUUCGAAACCAGCCGAAACCCAGAACAAACCAACACCUCAAGCGGACAAAUACUUUGCGUACACGUAAACCAAACCUCACAAUCCAAGAAACAGGAGAAGAAAACUUUUAAUCCGUUGUAAUCCGAUCCCCGGCACAAUAUCGCCAUUCAUGUCGCCGGCGGCGGUGGAUCUUCGGUCUUCGGUUACCUCCAAUCCGUCCUCUUUUCAAAACCCUAGUUUUGAUUCCUCUUUUCUGAACAGUUGCGUAGAUGAUCAUCAACAAAGCAUAAAGUCCCCAAUUUUUGUUACUGCUAAUGAAUCCCGUGAUCAUGGGGGCCUCGCUCGUAGGAAUGGUUUGCGAACAGGGUCCGUGGCGUCUGGCCGAACCCGCCCGAGGAUGGUGAAGGUGAGGAAGCAGUUGCAUGGGAAGUCGCGAGAGGCAUCGGGUGAGUACGGGUUGGGUUUUAACCCUUUUCAUUCUAUUGGUGAGAGUUCGAGUCGUAGUAAUAACGAUUGUACCAGUAGUUCCAAUGAGGUUUUAGAGAAAUGUAAGUCUAACGGGGUUGAUUUUUCAAAUGUGAGUUUUGUUUUUGGUGCUAGUAGUAGUUCUACAUCGAAUUUCAGUCCCACCAUGAACUUGGAUUCUGGGGAGAGAGUAUUUAAUGCUAAUGGAGAAGAAAUGAGUUCUAACGUACAGCAUGCGAAAUCUGAGAAUAUGGGUUUUGUCUUUAAGGAUAAGCAGUGGGACUUCAAUGAGAACGAGGGAAACUCAGUUUUAAAAGCAGCUAAUGGGAAGGCUGACAGUGAAUCUUGUGUGUUUGGAAGUAAGCAGAAGCAAUUAAGUGAAAAUGAGGGAAAACCAAUUUCAAACGGUGAUAUGGGGAAGCUUCAUAAUGUUGGUUUUGUGUUUGGUGCAAGUGAGAAUAAUGUGGAGUUGGAAAAGGAAGAAUCAAGAGGGUGCAAUUUGGGUUCAGGUUCCUAUGAGGUAGGGAAGGUGAGUUCAGGGACUGAAGUUGAGGGUGGGAGGGAUAGUUCUGCAAGUUUUAAUUUUGGUGCUCAGAGGAGCAAUUUAGGGCAAAAUUUGAGUUUCGAUAAAGGAGAGUCUAGUGGAAGCGCAACAAAUCCAGAUCCUAACAAUGCUGGGUUCAUAUUUGGUGCUACUGAUAGUAAUUCCAAUAGAAAGAUGGGGAUUUCUGGUACCGGUUUUGUUUUUAGUGCCAGUUGGUUUAGUUCAAGUGACAAGAACGAAUUUGGUGGAAGUCUUCAGGAUUUGGUCUCUGAUCAUGUAGGCAAGAAGAAAGUGGGUGAAACAGCUGAUGAGGUUGAAGGUACUGAAGUUAAAAUUGCUAUUAACAGAACUGGUAUUUUGAAGGAGGAUUGUGAUAAGGUUCCAUACGUAUUUGGUAGCAGCAGUAAGAAAAGCUCCAAUUCCAGUGAAUGCAUGGCUACUAAGUGCAGUGAUGACGUGAAGUCAAGCAGUGGAAAUUUUGAAAGCUGUAAUGGCCUUGCACAGGCUCAAUGUGGUACUUCAGAUUCUAGAAUUGAUGGUAAGAGUAAGCGUGCAUCAUUUGAAAGUAGUAGUAGCGUAGCAAAUGUUUCUAUGACAAACCCUGUAUUUACUAAUAUCUCUGAUGAGAUGAAAAAAUUGAAUAUUGAUAGUUUUAAAAAUGUUGAUGGAGUGGACAGUAAGAAGUUUAUGUGCAGAAGCAACAAAAUGACUUCGGCCUCUUCUAAUGGAAUUUCAGUCACUACUCCUGAUGAAUGGAAUUCAGAAGGUCUGACUAAUACAGCAGAGUGCACGGAUGGUUAUCCAUUUGAAUCAACUGCUAGUAAGGACUGUUUUAAUGUAGCUAGUGCUUCCUGUGGAAUUUCCAGUUCUGAAACAACUAGAUCUCAGAUAGGACUAGCAAAGAGUUCUGCUGAAAGCCAGUCACCUUGUAGUUCUCAUGGUCAAGUGAUCGACAAUACACAGUUAAAUGGAGCUGCUGCAUUGUCUUCAUUCUCAUCGAAUGGUCUUGACGCCCAAGGCAAUGCUGAGGCUUCUGAAAAACCUUCUGGGGCUGUUGGAAAGGAAAAUGAUGAAAGUAGUUAUACAAGCACUGCAGAUAGAUUAGGAGUGUUGUUUACAGAAUUCAUUACGCCACAAUGGGAUCCUUCUAGUUUAAAAGAAAGUCUAUUUCCUGAAUUAAAUAGAAAACUUGAAUUCAGCGUGAAGGCUAGAUCAAAAAAGGACAAAAAGUUGAAGACACUGAGGGGAAAAUUGAGGCAGCAAUGUCAAAAUAAGCAACAACAAGAGCAAUAUCAAAUGGAAAAUAGUGCCCAAGAGGCUAUAAACUCCCAAGAAUGUUACUCACCGAUGGAUUUUUCUCCUUAUGAGGAGAUUACGGCUGCUGAGAAAUUUUCAAGAGAAAAUUCCAGGACAUCAAAUGAUCCCAUCCUCCAUGACAAUAAUAGCAUGUCUUCUGUCUUGUAUUCGACAGUGUCUAACAGUCCCAAAGAUAGAGAAGGAUUAUAUUUUGAAAAAGGUGGUGAGCAAAAUCUGGAGAGUUCUGCAUAUAAUUCAGAAAGAUGUUUUAUUGGUGAUUCUCCUGCAAAAGCGUUUGUUUUUGAAACGGGAAGCUCUAAUUGCUACAGUGAGCCAGUCUGCACUAGCAGUGGUGCUGGUGUUGCUUCCAUUAAAGCCUUAUCUGGCAUAAACACUGAAAGCAACCAUCAAAUACAAUUUGGUUUUGCUUCAGGUUUGGAAGAUAUAGAUGGGAGCAAAUUUUCCUUUUCUGCUGCAGACUCUGCACCAAAUAGUUCGUCUGCAGCCAAACGGCUACACAGAAAGAAAAACAGGAGAAAAAUUCCUUGUGAAACAUUUGUAAUUGCUGCGAAUUCAAACAAUAAGGAUCAAGAAGGGGAUUUAUCUGCUUCCCAGAGAAAAUUGAAGAAUAAUUCUGAAGGAAAUGAACAGUUGAAACCACGUUCUAUGUCAUCAGCUAUUGCUGCAAUUCAGGAAGCUUGUGAAACAUGGCGACUAAGGGGAAAUCAUGCUUAUAGAAGUGGAGAUUUGACCAAAGCUGAAGAUUUCUAUACACGUGGAAUAGAUUCUGUCCCUUCUAGUGAGAAAUCAGGAUGCUGUCUCAAGCCUCUUAUUAUUUGCUACAGCAACCGGGCAGCAACUCGAAUGUCUCUUGGAAACUUGAGGGAAGCUUUGAGGGAUUGUAAAGCAGCUGCUACCCUAGAUCCUGGUUUUCUCAAAGUUCAAGUGAGAGCUGCCAAUUGCUAUCUUGCACUGGGGGAAAUUGAAAAGGCACAGGUCUACUUUGCUAAUUGCUUGGAGUCAGGGGCUGGUGUGUGUUUGGACCGGAAAAUCACAAUAGAAGCUGCUGAUGGCCUACAAAAAGCUCGGAAAGUAGCGGAGUGUAUGAAUCGUUCUGCUAAACUUUUUGAACAACAGACAUCUGAUGCAGCACUUAGUGCUUUAGAUGUAAUUGCAGAAGCCUUGUCAAUUAGCCCAUAUUCAGAACAAUUGCUGGAAAUGAAAGCAGAAUCUAUGUUUAUGUUACAGAAGUAUGAAGAAGUGAUUCAGCUGUGUGAGCAGACUCUUUGUGCUGCUGAAAAGAAUUUCAUUUCGUCAGGUACCGAUGACCAGUUUGUAGAUAAAGGUGAUUCUCAAACCAAUAGUCACUCAUUUGUGAGGCUGUGGAGGUGGCACUUAAUAUCAAAAUCCUACUUCUAUUUGGGAAGGCUUGAAGCUGCUCUUGAUUUACUCGAGAAAUUGGAGCAAAUGGGAUCUAUAAGUGACAAGUAUGCAAGCAAGAUACUAGAACCAUCACUUUCAUUAGCGGUCACUAUACGUACUCUCUUUCAUCACAAGAAUGCUGGGAAUGAAGCAUUUCGAUCAGGAAGGUACUCAGAAGCAUUAGAGCAUUAUGCUGCUGCUAUAUCCAGCAAUGUUGAAUCACGUCCUUUUGCAGCUAUCUGCUUUUGUAACAGUGCUGCUGCACACCAAGCCUUGGGCCAAAUUGCUGAUGCCAUUGCUGAUUGCAGUCUAGCCAUAGCCCUUGAUGGAAAUUACUCAAAGGCAGUUUCCAGGAGAGCUUCCUUGCAUGAGACUAUCAGAGAUUAUGGACAAGCAGCCAGUGAUCUUGAAAGACUCAUAAUUUUACUUGAAAAUCCUUCUGAUGGAAAAGCUAGACAGACUGGCACACCUGGUAGGUCCACCAGCAGCACAAAAGAAUUAAGGCAAGCUAAACGGCGUUUUUCCUUGAUGGAGGAAGAAGCUAAGAAAGGAAUACCAUUGGAUUUAUACCUUAUUUUGGGAGUAAAACAAACUGAUACAGCAGCCGAAAUAAAAAAGGCAUACCGUAAAGCAGCUCUUAGACAUCAUCCAGACAAGGCUGGUCAGUUCUUGGCACGAAGUGAAAUUGGAGAUGAGGGGCGACUUUGGAAGGAUAUUGUGCAGGAGGUGCACAAGGAUGCUGAUAGGUUAUUUAAAAUGAUAGGAGAAGCAUAUGCUGUGCUCUCAGACCCUGCUAAGCUUCAGUGAUAUGCGACCUAUCCAACCCGUUGAACAAUUAUGAAGGGACCAAAAUAUCAAGCUGCUAGUUUUGGGUGUAUGGGCUGAUCGGGAGAAUGCUGGCGAUGCAGACCGAUUUUGGGAAACACAGAAUUGCCUGCACUAUAUUCCACUUCCUGCCGCUGUUUAUUAGCAGCUCUUGUCAUUUGUUGUUGAGCCCUUACUAAAUUGUAAGAUAACUGUCUAAGUAAUUCAUCAUGAGCGAGCAGUUUUUGAGCAACUGAUUCAACCUUAGUUUAGCCUGGUAAGAAUUGCUGCAAGGUUGGAGGUCUCCCAUAUAGACAUACCAGCGGCUGUAUGGUAGCUGGAAUUGUAACAAACUUCCACCCAACACAACCAUUUAUGCCAUUGUUUGGGUUAUUUAGAUGCAAAACAUCUCAAAUAAGUCUCAACCCCUUGCUUUACAACUCUUGUCCAUCUAUUUUAGGCUGAUAUGCUAUGCUCAUCUUCAAUUGUGUCCCUUGACGGCAAAAUAAUUCAGUCCAGAAUGACUCAUAAAAAUUGGGUCCCGAUCACUUACAGUGGUGCAUGGUGACCCAUGUAAUAUGACUUCCCUGAUGAACAAUUCAGCUAUUGAUUUUGCCGAGUAAAGAUGCCGCUAGCUAAAACAAUGAGCAUAUUUUGUGAAAGAAUCAACAACCACCAAGAUGGCAUCUGUUCCACUAAAUCAUGGCAAUCUAGUAAUAAAAUCAAGAGAUAUAUCCUCCCAAACUCUAGUUGGAAUUGGUAGAGGCCGAAUCAAACCCGCCGGGGAGGCUGCCUUGUAUUUAUGUUUUUGGCAUUUCAAGCAUUCUGCUACACAUUUUUGAACUAUUUUCAUCAAACCCGACUGAUAAAAAUUGGAGGUGGGAUACUUAUAAGUCUGGAAAGCCCCUGAGUGGCCCCUUGGUGGAGAAGAGUGAAAUUCAGCCAAUAUCUUUGGAAUGUAAGAAGAGGUUGCAGGAAGGACUAACCUUUUUUUAUAAAAUAAACAAUUUUGGAUCAAGGAAUAAUUGCCAUAGGAGUUUGGUUGAUCCAUUAGAUUCUUGAUGAUUUGUUGGAGAUGCUCAUAUGUUUUCAUCUCCUAUUCAAUAGCACUCUAGUCCAUCCAUUGAGAAUAACCGAAAGCAUGUAGCUCUAUAUUUCCUCUUAUGAGAAAGGGCAUUCACAUUUGAUUUACCAAUCUUGUACAAUAUUUUAAAGUUAUCACCCAUCAGCUUGUCACCCCAUGCUUGUGCUGGUGUAUGCAUCUAUUGUUCCAGCAGGCAGCGGAGGCUGCUUUGAUCAGUAUGCAUGAUGGACUUCCUGGCCAAUAGGUAUAGUCUCCCGUCACUCAUGUCGAAUAGCAAGGACCAAGGCGAUCAUCUCUUCCUCAUAAGUAGAUUUGCUUAUAUUUUUGCUGGAUAAAGCUUUGUUGAAAAAUGCUAUGGGACAACAUUCUUGCAUCACAAUGCCUGCAAUCCGGUCCAAAAGCAUUACAUUCCAGCGCAAAGGGUUUUGAGAAGUUUGGAGUUGCCAACGUAGGUGAGGAAACCAAAGUCUGUUUCAAAUGGCAAAAGCCUGCUGAGCCUCUGCGGUCCAUUGAAGAGAGGCAUGAUUCUCCUUUUGCAACAACUGAUUCAAUGGAUUGUCUAUGGCAUCAUGCCCUUUAAUAAAGUGCUUGUAGUAGCAUGUGAGCCCAAGAAAUCCUCUUAUUGAUCUCAAACUUUUUGGAAUAGGGCAAUUCACAACAAUGGAAACUUUAUUAGGAUCUGUUGCUACCCCACCAUGAGAAAUAACAUGGCGUAAAUAUUCAACCAUUGUUUUUUUCGAAUGUGUUCUUCUGAUUCACUCUAAAUUGUUCAAUCAUAUGAAGCUGAAGAUUAGUCUACAAGUGAGGCAAAUGAUCAGUCAUAGGCUUACUAAAAAAUAAGAUAUCAUAAAAAAAUACCAAAACAAAAUUCCCCAUAUAUGGUCAAAAGAGAUUAUUCAAGGUACCCUGGAAUGUAGUUUUGGGGCAUUGGUGUGCCCAAAUAGCAUGACAUGACUACAAAUUCAUACUGGCUGGAGUGAGUGCAGAAGGAGGUCUUGGGAAUCUUUGAUUUUGACUCAAAUUUGAUGAUAACCUGAUUUUAAAUCCAAUUUGGAGACUUAUAUUGUCCCUAUGUAAUUUGUUCAACAUUUUAGAGAUAAUAAGAAUCAGGAAUCUGCGAGGGAUUGUCACCUUAUUCGAUGCCCUAUAAUCAACAAACAACAUCUAGCUACCAUCUAUUUUUUUUUUUUUUUUUUUGGUUUUCACACUAGUAAGAUAGGACAUGAGAAAGUAUUGGAACUUGGACAUGUGAUUCCGACUGCAAGCAUCUCGACCACUAUUUCUCUGUUUCAUGGUGUCCAUACUAAUAGGCUUAACAUGUAUAGCUAUUGUUCCAAGAACCAAUAGAAUCACAUGGUAUGUAGGUUUGAAUGGAGGCAGGGUUAUAAUAUCUCCAAAUAAGUCAAAAUGUCCAUAGAAUAAAUGGAUACAUUGUAAAUAAAUUCUAUAAAUAUAUCAUAUAGUCCUACAAGGACUAUUAAAAACACUCUUUCGUCAAAAUUGUCAUUAUUUUACCUUUUUCUAUGAACUAGUAUAGAGAUAUAUUUUGGUAUCAAUAACAAACUAAUGACAAUAGCAAACUAGUUAGCAUACUUAUCAUUGCAAUUCUUUUUCUUUUCUUUGAAAAAGUUUGACUUAACUAGAUUAUAAAGAAAAUAUAUUUGAUUUUAAACUCUUAUGUCCAAAAUAAGCUACCAGUAAAAUGACUUGGAAUGUGUGGGGUUAAAUAUGUGGUGCAUUGGCAAUACUCCCUCGUACAUUUUCUACACAAGUCUUGUAACUUGAGGAACUUAGCUUUAAGCCUUGAAUGUUGCUUGUAGAACAACUUCUUAUCUUCCUUCAACUUUGAUUCAUCUUUUGUUAGCCUUGAGUGGCUUUUCUGUAACUCCCUUAUGGCAUUGCCUUUUUUUCUUAAUUUUUUUUCUCUCUUAUCUAUAUCACUCUAUAACUCUCUUAUGGCAAUUAUAUAUGUUCUGUGUUUUUUCUUUUAAAUGUCAAAAUCAAAAUUACGAAAUAGAGAGGUUAAAGACACAACAUGGAAUAACUUUUUCUUAAUACCUGACUUGAUCAUUAUUGUCAACAUUAAGGCAUGUAAGUUCACCAUAGUGUUUGUCGUGAGAUGAUUAUACGUAGAUCCAUAAAGCUCAAGUAGUUUAAACUACUAGUCCUAUAAGCCAACAAUUAUAUGAUAAAACUAUCCAAAAUCUUGAUAUAUUGUUGAGCAUGAGUAGGAAUACUAUUUAAAAAAUUUCAUUUUCUAAACCAACUUUAUUGAAAACAUUAAUGGAAGCAAUAUUCUUGUGAUUUGCUGUUUUAUUCUCUUUAUUAGGUGAAUCAAAAGACACUGCAAAAUAAUUCAGUAACAACUUAUAUUUGAGACCUAUUAGCUUGAACUUAGUUUUUACUGUGAAUAUUUUGUUUCAAAGUAUUAUAAAGUUCCUAAUAUUAACUCUUCUAUAAAGUUCACUUCAGUUUUGGUGAUUAAACAAACUUUUAACAUGAAAUUUAGCAUAUUUGAGACAAUUCUAGUCUAUGAAUCUGCACUCAAAAAAUGGACAUUCAAUCAAAUUUGACUAAUAUUUUGUCAUUUUUAGAUGGAGGAGAUUUAGAUUCAUCACCCACUUUUAUUUUUUUCCGUAACCUUUUCUUUCUUAUAUUCAGUAAGAUUCUCAUCUGAAGAGUUAGGGCUAGAAACUAAUUGAGACUAUGAAGAGUUUGUGUCAUUAAAGAGCUCUAUAGACCAUCUUCCAUGAUUUCAUCUCCUUUUUCUACUCAUAAAACAUGUAACCUUGUUUUUGUCGACGAUUUCAUCUCCUUAUACUCACAAAAUUUGUAACCUUUUCACUCAAUGACACCAUCGCCUUCUUCCCACUUUCCUUUCUCGUUUGCGUGUAUGUCUCUCAUUGAAGCUGUUCUUCUCUUUCAACUCUUCAUUCUUCACUCAAAAUCAAUAUUUUCAUUUGCUUUGCUCUUUCUAACCAUCUCUCUCUCUCUCUCUUAGUGCUAGUUUGGCAAUGGGUGCUUGAUUAAUCAAACCCUAGUUUGUUGUUUGGGGCUUUCUCUCACUUACAUGGCUAGAGCAAAAACCCUAUCCAAGAAAUAAAAAUGGCUCAAGACUCGCCUGUAACAAGUGGCUCUGACUCUUGUAAAGCUCUUCAGAGGCGCAAUAAGUUUUUAAAUCUUAGCUCUUCAAAGGAGAGUCUUACUGAAUAUCAGAAGAUUUUGGAGCUCAAGUGAAAUCAUCUCACUGAAUAUACAUGGAAGAUCAGAAUGAUGAUGUUGAUGAUAGAAAUGGUGAUGAUGUUGGUCGUCCAACUUUGAGGAUUUGGAGCAAUAUGAUAAUUCGAGGGAAUCUGAAGAGAGGGAACGAGCUGAAAUUGAGUUGAAGAAAAAAAAAGCCCACAGAAAAUGUGUUGAUGUCUGCUACUUUGUCAGGUUGAACAUUCACUUGCUGCAUCCAUUGCAGAUGAGCAUUUAGCUGCUCUGCUUUCUCUCAACUUCAAACCAUGGCAGCAGUACUAAAGGGAGAAAUCAAAGUGACUGCAAACUGGCCUCUUCAUGCCAAAAUUCCUCGUCCCUCAUCUGAUUCUGAGUCUAAUGAAAAUGUUCCUGCUCCUGUCCAAUCCUCAGAGGUUCCUGUACAACCCUCUUCACCUGCUGCACCUGUCGAGUAGCAGAAACGCAAGAAAUUGAACAAAUAGUUUUUUUUUUUUUUAAAUUUUGUCUGUAUUACUUUGCUAAUUAUUUCAGGUUUCUAUUACUGUGAUUGCAUCUUGCUGGACACCUUGCUCCUGUUGCUACUCUCUCUCUCUCUCUCUCUCUAUAUAUAUAUAUAUAUACAUAUACACACAUGGUUGUCCAAACCAGACCGGUUUAACAGGAAACCGAACUCUGGUCCGGUUUGGUUCAAGUAUAAAACCCUCUAUUUAACAGAACCGGUAUAAACCAGUAUGAACCGGCCUAAUAUUUAGCAAACCAAAACCUGAACGGUUUGGGGUUUUCGAAAUCAAACUGUUCUGCAAUAAUGGUAAAAUAAAUGGCUUUCAUUGGUACCGGGAUUCAAUCUUGGCACCUCAUGAUGUAUGAGUUGGCAUUUGCUGUCUAAACUACCUCAAUCUAUUGUCAUUUUAGAACACCAUAUAUAUAUAUUUCGAUAGAUCGAUAGAUAGAUAGAAAAUUGUCUUUUUUU